AUGGCGACAACCACGCCCGACCUGUCGACCUUGACGUCGUCAGCCCAGAUCUUCUCCGGCGCUCACACCUUACCCCAGAUCCGUUCCAUCCACAAAGCUCUCCAUGUCGCCGUCGAGGACAAGGCCGCGCGCCUGCGCACACAGGUCGGCAGCAGCUACCGUGAGCUGCUCGGCACCGCAGACGCCAUCGUCCGCAUGCGCGCAGAGAUGGACAUUGUCCAGGGCACUCUUGGCCGCAUGGGCGGGCGGUGUGGCCGUGCGGUUGUCGGCGGGAAGGUAGCAGGGUUAGGCAAAUUUGUCAAGGAACGCGAGGACGUGCCCGACGUUGGCGCUGGAGACGGAUCAGGCCUGGGUUUGGUCGCGAGGGCCAAGCUGCUCGAGGCUUGUGUGCUGGCUGUGGCGAGAAUGUUGAAGAGCUCCGGCUCGGCAAAGAAUAAGAUCCAGGAGGAUACAGGCCCAGAUACACCAAGUCGCGGGGACAGAUUGGUCAUUGCUGCGAAGGUAUUGGUCUUGAGUAGACUGCUGGUUAAGAGUCUUGGGGACGACGUCACCAAUGUGCAAAUAAACGCUGCCGUCGAAGCUUCGAAGAAGAGCUUGGGGAACUUGAAACGGAGGCUGCUUCGUGGAAUUGAAAUUGUCUUGAAGCAGGCUGAAGAACAGGCGGAUCGUGAGGCAGUACUAAAGGCGUUAUGUGCGUAUAGUCUGACAGACAACUCUGGUGCCCGAGAUGUUGUUAGGCACUUUCUACGUGUCAGAGGCGAGGCAAUGGCGCUUGCUUUCGAGAUCGAGGAACACGAGAGAGAAAGGAGCACCAAGGAUGUCGUCAAGAGUCUAGGGCUCUACACGAGAACUCUCCUAGAUGUACAAGCUCUCGUACCUAAUAAGCUGAAAGAAGCCUUAAUGGGGCUCAAGAAAGACCGCCUUCUCGUCGACCCGUCCUUGAAGGAACUUGAGGGGCUACGACUCGAUAUCUAUGAGAGAUGGUGCGGCGAUGAUAUCCAGUAUUUCAAGCCGUACAUACGCCACGACGACUUAGACGGCAAGCAAGCGAAGGAGAUGCUUAUGAGAUGGGCUACCGGAGGUGGAGAAGUACUGCUACAAGGCCUUGAGAGGACUUUGGAGAAGGUGGUAGACUUCAAAGCCAUUGUUGAGAUGAGGACAGAUGUUUUGCAACUUUGGAUCAGAGACGGAGGUAAAGCCAAAGGGUUCGAUCCUUCGACUAUGCUUGAAAAAUUUCGAACGACCAUCAAUGCUCAUGUCGUUGAAGUUUUGGAUACGAAAGUCAACAAGCUACGACUUGUGGCCUCAGAGGUUUCCGCCACGCUUGACGCUUGGAAAGAGGGUAUUACUGAUCAACAUCUGAGUCUCUGGGAUGAGGAUGCCCUUGACAUUGAUCUAUCCGGCGGCGCAAAUCAGUUUACUCAGGAUGUCAUCUCGCGUCUAUAUGGCAGGAAUCAGGCGGUAUCAAAAGCCGUAAAUAGCUACAGAUCCUGGUAUCGAGUGAUUGACGAUGUGGGGCAGAUCGUCGAACAGCUAAGGCGCCAGAGAUGGGACAACGAUGUGGAUGAGAUCGAAGACGAGGAAGUCAUCGAACAGCGCCAACAGGAGUUGAGCAGGGAGGAUCCGCAAAAACUACACGAUCACCUCAACAAGUCACUUGAGAAAGCCUUUCAGGAUCUAGAUUCUCAGUUCACAAAACUAUGGGAUGCUCACAAAGACAGGCCUGAUAAUGGCCACAUCGCCAUGUAUCUGGUGCGAAUACUGCGAGACAUUCGCGCUAAGUUGCCAAAGUUGAAAGUGGUGGAAAGCUUUGGCAUGGCCCUUGUGCCCCCGCUGCAAGACAAGGUUGCACAAACCGUGAUUAUCUCACCAAUGGAUGAGUUCGUCACCUCGGCAUUGGCCAGAAAGAGCGUCAUCGGCCGAAGUCUGUGGGAGGGCGAGCCGGAGCUCCCAACGUCACCUUCGCCUGGCGUUUUCAGAUUUCUUCGUGAUCUUACUAUCGCAAUGGGCGAUGCUGGUACGGACCUUUGGAGCCCUGUGGCAGUAACGACGAUGAAGCAGCACCUUACCAAGCAGCUCAGUGAAGCGUGGCUUGAGGCAUUGGCGGCCCAUCUAGCGAAGCCCAAAUCCGCGGAGCCUUCAGAAGAGGCAAAUGGUCAUGAAGACGCGGAGGGCAAUAAUGAGCCCAAUGGCAAAGCCGUUUCAGAUGUGACAGAAGCAGAACGAAAAGAUUUGCUGAUCCAGUGGCUCUACGACAUUUCUCUACUCCGCUGUUGCUUUAGUCCUCCAGCCGGCUCCAGCCGUGAUGAGAUCAAGGGGCUAGAGGAGGUAGUCUAUGAAAAGACCGGGUUGGACAGCGGCCCAGCACGGCAACGGUUGAUCAAGUCAUCGCAGGACUACUGGAAGAAAACCAACCUGUUAUUCGGACUGCUGAUAUGA